GUGUCAUAACGCAGCGGAGAUCUUGCUUCUGGAUGAGACUUUCUCUCCGACGUAUCCUGAUAUUUUCCUGCACAAUUACCGCGUUGAUCGUCGCUGUCGUCCUGGCCCCUCGCUGCCCCUCCUCGACCCUCGCCCGCUUGACCGCGUUGGUCUCUCAGGUAAAUUCUUCCAGCAAAAGCUUCAUCAAACCUGCAGGCCUUGGCAUCAGACCGCUGUCUACAAGCACGACUCACAAGACUAUCAAUCUCCUAAGCAGGAACCAAACCAUGGCCUACGAAAAGGAGCUCAAGAUCGCUCAACUGGCCGUGGCCCGUGCUGCGAUCUUGACCAAAGCCGUCUUCCACGAGAAAGCCAAAGGCACAGUCUCCAAAGAUGACAAGUCUCCCGUCACAAUCGGCGACUUUGGCGCUCAAGCACUGAUCAUCGCCGCUAUCAAGCACAACUUCCCCUCCGAUGAAGUCGUCGGCGAGGAAGAAGCCUCGUCAUUACGCGAGGAGAAGGAACUGUCGUCCAAGAUCUGGAAUCUCGUCAAAGAUGUCAAGCUUUCCGAUCCCGAAAGUGAUGCCCUGCUCGGAGGACCCAUUAAGUCUGAAGACGAAAUGCUCGAUGCCAUAGAUAUGGGCAACAGCGCUGGUGGCAAUAAAGGCCGCAUCUGGGCACUAGAUCCUAUUGACGGCACCAAAGGCUUCCUCCGCGGCGGACAAUACGCGGUCUGUCUUGCGCUUAUGGUGGAUGGGGAUGUAAAGGUUGGCGUUCUUGGAUGCCCGAAUCUACCUGUCGACGAUUCCACCCCGCUUACUGAAGACAUCGGCGCAGCUGCGACGGAUACCGAAGGAAAAGGUGUGCUUUUCUCUGCUGUGCAGGGAGAGGGUGCGACUUCACAAGCAUUGACCCGCGGCGCCGUCACCAAAGGCCAACCAAUUCACGUCAGCAAGAUCUCCCAGGUCAGCGAGGCGGUUAUGUGCGAGAGCGUCGAGCCCGGACACAGCUCUAAAGGCGAUAAUGCUCUGAUCGCUGAGAAGCUCGGCAUCACCGGCAAGCCCGUCCAGAUGGACAGUCAGGCCAAGUACGGCUCCGUCGCCCGUGGCGCUGGAGAUCUCUACCUCCGUCUCCCCGUGCGAAAGGACUACAUCGAGAAGAUCUGGGACCAUGCUGCAGGAGAUUUGAUCGUACGCGAGGCUGGUGGGCAGGUCACGGAUGUCACAGGCAAGAGGUUGAAUUUCAGCCUGGGCAGAACGCUCAACGAGAACAAGGGUGUCAUUGCAACGCCGGCAAAUGUCCACGCCGAAGUGCUGAAGGCUGUGCAGGAGGUCCUGGCGGCUAAGUGAGCAGCUUGACGUUAACUUCAUUCCAUGAUGGACGCAAUGGAAUGAAUCACACAAAAGUUUGGGAGUAGCAUACGAAGCUGCGGCUGACGUAUAGACAUAAUUGUUACAUAAAAGCGGAGGCCAACAGCAGACCUGGCCUCAAUCCUUGUUGUACGGCUAGUCUAUUUGAUCUUCUUGGCCUUCAGCCGUAUCGUCUCAUCGUUGACAAAUAUGCCCUUGCCUUUG